AUGUCCAUGGCCCAGCAGCAGAACCAGGUGAUCCUCCAGUUCCACUUCAGAACCUUUGGAGACUCCAUGCUGCAGAAGAUGAACCUGCUCCGCCACCAGAGCCGAUUCUGUGACGUCACUGUGCGCAUCAAUGACCUGGAGGUGCGCAUCCAUCAAUCACAUCCAUUUUCACUUAUUAAGCAUUCUAUGCUGCUUUUACUGUUUACCAUGUUUUUUAAAUCUAUUUAAUCUAUUUUGAUUAUUUUAUUAUGCACAUCACUUGAGUUGCAGUCUCUGUAUGAAUUGUGCUAUACAAAUAAUGUUUUUCUAUCAAUAUUAUGAUUAGGUCCCCGGUCACAAGGUGGUGUUGGCAGCCGGUUCUUCCUUCCUCCGGGACCAGUUCUUCCUGCAGGAUUCAUCCAUGAGGGAGGUCCAGAUCUCCAUGACCCAGGAGGCGGAGGUGGGCCAGCAGCUGCUGCUGUCCUGCUACACGGGAACCCUGGAGCUGCCUGAGAUAGAGCUGGUCAAAUACCUAACUGUGGCCAGCUUCCUCCAGAUGGGCCACGUAGUGGAGCAGUGCACCCAGGCCCUCAAGAAGUUCAUCCAGCCGCGACCCUGCCAGGUGAAACAGCAGCAUCGGGAGGAGGAGGGAGAUGGAGAGACUCUCAGAGCCUCUCACGCCCAGAGAGUACAUGAGCUGCCCCAAGCACAGGUAGUGCAUCGUGAGGUGGAGGAGGAUGAUGAAGACGAUGAUGAUGUGACAAUUCAGCUGAUGACCCCUCCCCAAAGGCAGAAGCGAGACAGGAGUGAGGGCGAGGAGAGCCCCAUCACCAUCGUAAAGGUGGAGUCCGUGUGUGAGCGGGUGUCUGAGAUGUCUGAACUUCCCUCUGCCUCCACUGCAGUGCGCUUCCCCACCAGCCCCCCAUUGUCGUUACACUCCCCUGAGCCCCAGCACUCCCUCAUCAACUCCACCGUGGACACCCGGGCUAGCGAAAUGACCAUGCCACCCUUGCCAGGAUACCCACUCAGCCCCCCUCCACUACCCACCUCAGCCACAGGGAGACCCAAUCUGGGGGGGCACCUACGAAACUCAGACAAAUCCCUUCAGUGGUACCACCAGUGCCCAAAGUGUGCCCGCGUGUUCCGCCAGCUAGAGAACUAUGCCAACCACCUCAAGAUGCACAAGCUGUUCAUGUGCCUGCUGUGUGGCAAGAUGUUCACCCAGAAGGGUAACCUGCACCGGCACAUGCGGGUCCACGCUGGCAUCAAGCCCUUCCAAUGCAAGAUCUGUGGCAAGACCUUCACUCAGAAAUGCUCUCUCCUGGACCACCUGAACUUACACAGCGGAGACAAGCCCCAUCGCUGUAACUACUGCGACAUGGUGUUUGCACACAAGCCCGUGCUCCGCAAACACCUCAAACAAAUCCACGGCAAGAACAGCUUUGACAACGCCAACGAGAGGAGCCAACUACACGACGGGGUUCUGGACUUUGAGUCUGCAGGACUGUAG